UAAUUCAGGGAGUUCAGGAACAGAAAACAAACGGCAGGUUAAAUUUAACCACAAGUUAACCGGAUAAUGAAAAAUCGAGCCUGAAUAUAUUAUUUUUAAGUAGUUUUGAAACGUAGUUCAUGUAAUCCAAUGCGUGGAUGACAUAUCCGUCGUCUUCAGGCAUAUUACUCCAGGUUCCUGUUGUUAUUCAGUUAGAGUGAUAAAAUCGUCGCUGGAGCGACAACGUAAAUCUACCCCUUAAAAUUAAGAUCGAUACCGGCAAUUCGGAUGGGAAAUUCGGCCGACCAUUCUCGAUCAGACGGGCGUAAACUAUUUCGAGAAGCAACGUUUGUGACGAGACGGUGAUUAUGGUGAGCGCGAGCAGUGUCGUGGCGCAUUUCGUGAAAUUGCUGGUGACUGCGGUAUGCAUGGGACAUCUUGCCGAGCCUUAUCGGACGAGGGCCUUGCCAAUCACAUGGUCCCUGCGUGCCUUUGUAAUCCUCUUCAUGCAUUCGAUUUUAGGGAUCUUCAGAUUUGGAGUUCCAUUUACUUCAUCAUCAACACGCACAGCAAGAUACUUCCGAAUUUUUUAUGAUUGGUUUUCCAAUGUCAUUGAAAUUGUUCCUUUAGCAUUAUUGACGUCUGGUAUAUUAAGUGCAUAUCAGAUAGAUGAAAAUAUUCGUAUGUUGUUACUGUUUCUUGGUACAGUACCGGUAUUCUUUUCACUUGCGAUAACGCAAAGGGAAAGUCAAAUCAGGAAACUGCGUUUUUUGACUGAUAUUGCUGUUGUAUUGCAGAUAUUGGCGAUAACGAUACUCGGCUUAAAAAAUGGUAAUUAUAAUGUCAUUAGUUUAGUCGCUUCCUAUACUUUUGAACGUUUCUUUGUGGAGGAAUUUUGUUAUCGAUACAGUAUACCGUACACCGAUCUGAUGCAGUAUUGCAUAUGUUUUGUGGAAGUCUUUACAGUAUCAACGCUAAAAGAAUUGUAAGAAAUAAUAAAACUUCAACUUUACUGUUUACUUAUAUUGCCAUUUAUAUCAGGUAAAUUUUAUUUAAAGGUGUAUUGUCUAUACAACCUCAGCAAAAAAUGAUUUAUUAUGGAGAAUAUAAUAGUUUUUGAAAUUUUAGCACGUACUUGAAUUUCAUGAUAUCAUUAUUGGUUUUAAUGCGAUGUAAGGGUGUCGGUCGAACUCACUCAACGUCAGAAUUACAGAUUUUUCUUCGACAGAGAGUCGAUCGGCACGUGAUCGCACGCGGGGCGAAAAAAUAAGAGGAACAAUGCUAAGGCGAGCAAGCUAGCACUCUUUGUCAAGCGCACUUAUAAAUACAUUAUCCAUUCUUGUCUUUGAUUUCAACUCUAUCUAAUGCAAGAUUUCUCAACUAUAUACGUUAUAUAAUUACUAUUCUGUUUUACUUUUUGCCGAUUUCGCAUACAAACUUACAUAUUAAAUUUUCAAAUCAUUAUUUCUCUUAUAUUAAAGUUUCUAAGUUUAUUCUAAAAGCAUUGUUUUUUUUGUUGUAAUUUCGAGUCCGCGUUAUGCUUCUUUUAUACGUACAAAGUCUCAAAUUUUUAUGCGCAGCAAAUGUUGACUAACGAACUAUAUUUUUAUAAUUUUAUUUUAUUUUUUAUAUAAAAUUGUCGGCUGCUUUUGUUAUUGUCUAUAGUUUAAUUCUGCAAGAGAAUUUUUCGAUUCGUGUCUUCAGUGAAAAGAUCUGUUGAAAA